AUAACAAAGGUACAACAACAGUUAACAGUAGUUGUACGACAGUCUACAACAACAUAACAACAUCACUUGGCUGGUCUGGUCGUCUUGGUGUUCUCACUCAUCGAUUGCUUGCAUUAUUAACCCAAAAUUAACAUAUUUCACUCUGCCCCUGAGAUCCACUGACAUAUAAGGCUCCCUGGCCUCCACUCUGGUCUCCCACCCAGCCCAGCAGCCUCCCUUCCAUGGCCUAAAGCGACUCUUCUUAGUCUCUGCAGCUACCCAUCGAACCUUCUUUUUUUCUUUGCUGGCCCCAUAGCCACCUGACUGAUUUCCUGAACCAACCCAGUUACCAGAUUUUAACCAACAUUGCAGAAAAUGUAUUACAGAGGAUUUCAUUUGUAAUACAGGUACUCCUCACUUAACGACCUAGCUGUUCAACAACAGCUUGGACUUACGACCAGCUCUCUGACCAUUGUAUUCUCAUUCAUAAAGGAGGAAAACUACACUUGUAGUGUCAACACCCAGUGACACAAAGCACCCUGGUAUCAGAAACAACAUGGAUGGUGUUAGUACUCAAUGAAAUUCUCCAAAUCCUAUGAGCAGUGAAUGCAAAUUCAUUCAUAUUACUCAGGUUUACCACUCAUCUGAAUAACUAUGUGCAUUAUCUACAUCUAGCUCAUUGACCUUCACUUUAUCUAUGUUUUGGAAGGAGAUAUACUCUAUAAGUGAAACUAAAUUUAUUUGAAAAACCUCAGUUUCCAACUGUAAUUUUAUAUAAUAAAUUUUUCAUUUUAUUAAUAGUCAGUUUUUCUGUCUCUUAUUUUCUCAAUGUCUUUUCUUUUUCUUUAUUUAUGGUAAUUCUAAUUAAGAUAACUUGGGUUAGAUUAGGUUACAUAUACCUCUAAAAACUUUGUUUACCUUCAGAUAAGCAAAUUAGAAAAAUCACUGUAUACUACAUCUGGUAAUAAGGUGGCUGAGGGAAAAAUAGGAUCCAUUCAUAUCUGAACAUGUAUCAUUCCUGGCAGGAGAAUAAGCUGCAGUAUUAGCUCUUUGUAAGUGUGUAUGAGUAUUCCAAGUGUUAAAUAGAUAACAUUGCUGUUUGAAUGCACUUUGAAGUUUGCUGCUAGAGCUACACUUUGUAUCAUCUGUCUCAUCUGCCCUUCUGUACUAUUAUUAAGAGUCCUGCAUGAACUUAGAUAAAGUCCUGUGACUAGUAAUAUUUUCACCUUAAAAUUUUUAGGUUUUUACCCAUUGCUGUGUACAUAAUCAUUUAUAGAAUAUUUUUUUUAGGAAUUACAUUCAGAUUUAAUAUCAGAAAAUGAAAUUACUGGAAUAAUUAAUAAUUGGUUACCAUAGAUGUACAUGUUAUAUGACAAUAAUAAUUACUUAAUAUGUUAGAUGAUAAACUUUAACAGAAUUUAUUACAAUUAAGCUUAAAGAGAGCUCAGUUGUACAAUAAACUGCAUUAGUGAAUAAAACUGUUCAGAUUUAUUCACUAAUGAAAAGCUCUGGCAGACAGAAAACAGAUUUGAGGAUUAAGUAAAUUUACUGUGGUAAUAUAUGCAGAGUAUAUGCUAAGAAAAGUUCAUACUAGUAUUUCAGUAUUGUCAAUAGAAAUAUUUUAAUCAUAAGUACAUUUGAGAGUUCAUAUUAUAAAUACUAUUUUAAUAAUGCCUUUUCACAAUUUUUUUUCUAAUGUAGCUAAUGGAACUUUAGCCAGUAAAUGAAUUCCAGGAUACACAAGGCUGUGUGUAUAAGAAUAUAAUUGUUGUGAUUUGUUUCAAAACAUUAAUAAAAUUAAGUGCAAAUAUUUUGUUUAUCUAGGGAUUGAUAAUAAGUAAGUUUAUUCAGGUAUACAUAAAUACAGUUACAUAGAGUAUCACAUAUAGCAGCAUAUGUGCAGAGAACCUAGGGUAACGCAAAAAAGUCAGACAAAGUGACUUAUUUCCAGAAGAAAAAUACUGUCUUAUUCCUGUAUAACUACCUAGAGAUAAUUCCACUUGAUCUCUGAUCAAGAACUGUAUUUAUACUCAAAAUAUAAUCCUCUGUAGUAAUGCAAAUGAGUGUUGAUACAAAUGUGAAGCAUUAUCAGUGUACAGUGUGUCUUAAAGAUUUUUCCAGAAAAUCUGCCCUGGUAAUACAUAUGAGAAUUCACACUGGGGAGAAACCAUAUCAAUGUUCAAAGUGUUUGAAAUCCUUUUCAAGAAGUUCUGCCCUUGGAACACACAUGAAACUUCAUACUGGAGAGAAACCAUAUAAAUGUUCAGUGUGUCUAAAAGACUUUAAACAAAAAUACAAUUUAGAAGCACAUAUGAGAAUUCAUACUGGAGAGAAACCAUUUCAGUGUUCAGUGUGUCUAAAAGACUUUAAACAAAAAUAUAAUUUAGUAACACACAUGAGAAUUCAUACAGGAGAAAAACCAUAUCAGUGCUCAGUGUGUCUGAAAGACUUUACCCAAAAAAGUAAUUUAGCAACGCAUUCAAAAAUUCAUACUGGAGAAAAACCACAUCAGUGUUCAUUGUGUUUCAAAGCCUUUUCAGAAAAAGUCAGACUAAUAAAUCAUACAAGAGUUCAUACAGGGGAAAAACCAUAUCACUGUUCAGAGUGUCCAAAAAUCUUCUCACAAAAUAAAGAACUUGUUAGACACAUGAGAAUUCAUACAGUGUGUCUAAAAGACUUUAAACAAAAAUAUAAUUUAGUAACACACAUGAGAAUUCAUACAGGAGAAAAACCAUAUCAGUGCUCAGUGUGUCUGAAAGACUUUACCCAAAAAAGUAAUUUAGCAACGCAUUCAAAAAUUCAUACUGGAGAAAAACCACAUCAGUGUUCAUUGUGUUUCAAAGCCUUUUCAGAAAAAGUCAGACUAAUAAAUCAUACAAGAGUUCAUACAGGGGAAAAACCAUAUCACUGUUCAGAGUGUCCAAAAAUCUUCUCACAAAAUAAAGAACUUGUUAGACACAUGAGAAUUCAUACAGGUAAACAAUUAUAUCAGUGUUCUGAGUGCUUGAAAGACUUUUUACACAAGACUGACCUAGUUAGGCACAUCAGAAUUCAUACAGGAGAGAAACCAUAUCACUGUUCAGUAUGUCAAAAAGACUUUUCUGAAAAAGCAAAUCUUGUAAAACAUGCAAAACUUCAUACAGGAGAGAAACCACACCAUUGUUCGGUAUGUCUAAAAGAUUUCUCAGAAAAAGCAAACCUAAUAAAACAUGCAAGAACUCAUACAGGAGAGAAGCCAUAUCAGUGUUCAGAAUGCUUUAAAAACUUUACACAAAAGUCCUCCCUAGUAACACACAUGAGAAUUCACAAAGGAAAGACUCCAUGAUGCUUUUCACUCAGUUUAAAAGAUAAUUAUUAAGUGUCCUUUGUUAGCAUAUGUAAGGAGAACCUUAGUUAUAUUUAUUACAUUUAAAACAAACUUUCUAGUAACAAAAGAGAACUCGUAAGAGAAUCAAACCACUGUUUGUUGUAUUUAAAGAAAGGUAAUAAUCAGGAAUAUAACUUGUACGUUUGAAGAAUAGAGGCACUGUUAUGCUGUGCUCAGAAGAGUAAUCUAAAUUCUAGUUUGAUGUUAGAGAUUUCAUUCAGAGAAAAGCUGUGUGUUUUAAAAACUUUUUUCAUAGAUGAAAAAUACCUUUAUAAAUGCAUCUUCUUAGAGUAUAUAUAUAAACAUAUUUUUUUCUAACCAA